CGCGGUUUGAAAGGAGUGGUUGGUUUUUCCCGCUUGUUCUCUUCUAGAGGCGGCCUUCGGAGGGAGCGGAAGGAAGGAAACGUCCUCCCCAGCUGGAUGAGUCUUACUGAAGGACAAUGGGGAUUCCAGGUCUGCUCCAGUUCAUCAAAGAGGCUGCUGAACCUGCUCACGUAAAGAAGUACAAAGGACAAGUAGUCGCGGUGGAUACUUACUGCUGGCUGCAUAAAGGAGCCUAUGCUUGCGCUGAAAAGCUAGCCAAAGGAGAACCAACAAACCAAUAUGUAGAUUAUUGCAUGAAGUUUGUUGAUAUGCUUCUGACAUUUGGUGUCAAUCCAGUUCUUGUAUUUGAUGGAUGUACCCUGCCUUCCAAAAAGGAAGUUGAAAAGUCACGGAGAGAAAAACGGCAAGCAAAUCUUCUGAAGGGGAAACAGCUGCUCUGUGAAGGAAAAUUGUCAGAAGCAAGAGAAUGUUUUUCACGGAGCAUUAAUAUUACACAUGCCAUGGCCUGUGAAGUUAUUAAAGCUGCCCGAGCCCAGGGGGUUGACUGCAUUGUUGCUCCAUAUGAAGCUGAUGCUCAGUUGGCCUACCUUAACAAGAUUGGCAUUGCCCAAGCUAUAAUUACAGAGGAUUCUGAUCUUCUUGCUUUUGGAUGUAAGAAGGUGUUUCUGAAAAUUGACAAAUUUGGAAAUGGCUUAGAAAUUGAUCAAGCUCGGUUAGGGAUGUGCAAGCAGCUUGGUGAUGUCUUUACAGAAGAGAAAUUCCGUUACAUGUGUAUUCUGUCAGGUUGUGACUACCUUCCAUCGAUUCACGGUAUAGGAUUAGGCAAGGCUUGCAAGCUACUUAAAAUAGCCAAUAAUCCUGAUAUUAUCAAGAUUAUUAGGAAAAUGGGACAGUAUUUAAAGAUGAAUAUUUUAGUACCAGAUGACUACUUAGAAGGAUUUAUUCGUGCCAAUAAUACUUUCCUCUAUCAGCUGGUUUUUGACCCAGUGAAGCGGAAACUUGUUCCUUUGAAUGCUUAUGAAGAUGAUAUUGAUCCAGAAACACUACAUUAUGCAGGGAAACACUUUGGUGACAGCACUGCUUUUCAGAUAGCUCUUGGAAAUAAAGACAUCAGUACAAUGGAGCAAAUCGAUAACUACAACCCUGAUGUAUCUCAGCCUGUGCAACCAAGAAGUCGUGGCUGGGAUGAUAAAUGUGUUAAUGAGAAGGUGUCCAGUUUAAAGAGUAUUUGGAGUAAAGACUACAAACCUGGUUUCACUGCCAAGGAUAGCAGAAAUCAAAAACCAUUGUUAGAAAAGCCCACAACCAGAGGCAUGGAGCGGUUAAUCAACACAAAAGGGCUAAAUCUUCCCAGCAAAGCACUAUUGGCAAAAAGGCCAAGGCUUGAAGAGCUAUCAGAAGGAGAUUUAUUGAGCCAGUAUUUUUCAAAUGCAAAAAAAUCCAAGACAGAAAACAAAGAAGAUGGUGAGCAUAAUGAGUCUGCUAGUGUUUUGUCUGUGUUCCAUGCUUCAAAGUAUGCUUGCAGCAACAAUGAAGGUUCAAACUCUCAGCCUAGACCUAGAAACAAAUUUGCCUCCAUUCUGCAGAAAAAAAAUGAAGAGAGUGGUGCAGUUGUUGUUCCAGGAACCAGAAGCCGGUUCUUCUGCAGUAUAAUCGAUCUGCCUGACAGCCAGCCAAAGAACAUAGUUGCUCAACCAUCCCAGGAUUGUGAGAUUAGUGAGGCAGAAUGUGGAGUAAUGGGAGAUCACACUUCUUAUUCAUCAGAGGCUGGAGAAUUAAAAACAACCAUCUCACCAUCCCUUGGGGCAGCGCAGACCAGCUGUUUCAGUUGGACAAAGAGCUUUUCCAGAAAAUCUGAGACACUCAGCCCAUUACCAAGUAUAGCUUUCCUGAAACAAUUCCAGCGACAGACACCCAGCAAAGACACAUCCCAGAAUUGUAAGGUAUCACAGAUUAUGAGUUCCACAACAAGUACAGAAUUGGAUGUGGAAUCAUCACCUUUGAAAGAACAAGGGAUUUUAUCAGAACCAGAGCUUGAUUUAUCAUCACAAAGCAAUCUAGACACUUCAGUACGUUCACCAGUGACCAUGAAAAAAGCUAUCACUGGCAAAGAAUCUGACCACAGUUUACAACCAGACUGUAAUCUGAAUUCUCGGGUCUGCCCAUUCUUUAACUCAUCUUCUACAGAAAGUCAAGAAACUGUCAUCAAGAGUAUGGUUCCUGAAUCAUGUAAAGCUAGUUCUGUAAAAACUCCUGCUGUAACAAGAUGCAGAUCACUGGUGCCUGCCAAAGUUAGUGGCUUAAGCAAGAAAAGUGCAAAAACAAAGAAGAAAAACCAUCAGGAUGCUGAAAAUAAAUCAAGACUGCAAGUCACAAUUAAUGAAAUAUGGAAAACCUUCCAGUUUAAAAGGGAAUCUCCAAAGCUACCCUCUUGCAAAAAAACAGAACCAUUGUCUCCAGUAAAAGAUAACAACAUUCAGCUCACUCCUGACACAGAUGAGGAUGCUUUUAAUAAACCCGAAUUCAGUCAUGUACAACGGAAGAUAUUUCAAUGAACUCGUACUGCGGAUUUGAGCAAUUUUAUAAUCAUUGGCCAACAUAGCUUCUGAACAAAUUUGGAUUAAUUGUUCCUGACAACAAAAAUCAAAGUAGUAUUUGUAUAUAUUUGAAUGUGAGCUGUAUAUUGUAGUUUCAUACGAUCUUGUUGAAUACCUCCUUGAAUAAAAUUAUUUUGUUACAAAUUUAGUGUUUGGCUGUUAUAUUAUAA